GGGAGUCUGGUGGAGGAGAAGGAGCAGGGCCAUGCCUGAACCGCCCCCCGGAGCCCUCUGAGCCUGCACCCCUGCCACUGCCCAUUCAGGCCCCCCCCGGAGACCCAGACAGCACCCCCACCAUGGGCAGCAAGGAGCGCUUCCACUGGCAGAGCCACAACGUGAAGCAGAGCGGCGUGGACGACAUGGUGCUGCUGCCUCAGAUCACCGAGGACGCCAUUGUGGGCAACCUCCGAAAGCGCUUCAUGGAUGACUACAUCUUUACCUACAUUGGCUCCGUGCUCAUCUCUGUAAAUCCCUUCAAGCAGAUGCCCUACUUCACAGACCGUGAGAUCGACCUCUACCAGGGCGCGGCCCAGUACGAGAAUCCCCCGCACAUCUAUGCCCUCACUGACAACAUGUACCGGAACAUGCUCAUCGACUGUGAGAACCAGUGCGUCAUCAUCAGUGGAGAAAGUGGAGCUGGGAAGACAGUGGCAGCCAAAUACAUCAUGGGCUACAUCUCCAAAGUGUCUGGCGGGGGCGAGAAGGUCCAGCACGUGAAGGACAUCAUCCUGCAAUCAAACCCGCUGCUCGAGGCCUUCGGCAACGCCAAGACCGUGCGCAACAACAAUUCCAGUCGUUUUGGCAAGUAUUUUGAGAUCCAGUUCAGCCGUGGCGGGGAGCCUGACGGGGGCAAGAUCUCCAACUUCCUGCUGGAGAAAUCCCGCGUGGUCAUGCAGAAUGAAAAUGAGAGGAACUUCCACAUCUACUACCAGCUGCUGGAAGGAGCCUCCCAGGAGCAGCGGCAGAACCUGGGGCUCAUGACCCCCGACUAUUAUUACUACCUCAACCAGUCAGACACCUACAAGGUGGACGGCACUGACGACAGGAGCGACUUCAGCGAGACUCUGAGCGCCAUGCAGGUCAUCGGGAUCCCACCCAGCGCCCAGCAGCUGGUCCUGCAGCUCGUGGCUGGGAUCCUGCACUUGGGGAACAUCAGCUUCUGUGAAGAGGGGAACUACGCCCGGGUGGAGAGUGUGGACCUCCUGGCCUUUCCCGCCUACCUGCUGGGCAUCGACAGCGGGCGGCUGCAGGAGAAGCUGACCAGCCGCAAGAUGGACAGCCGCUGGGGCGGGCGCAGCGAGUCCAUCAACGUGACCCUGAAUGUGGAGCAGGCGACUUACACUCGUGACGCCCUGGCCAAGGGGCUCUACGCCCGCCUCUUCGACUUUCUCGUGGAGGCCAUCAACCGUGCCAUGCAGAAGCCGCAGGAAGAGUACAGCAUCGGCGUGCUGGACAUCUACGGCUUCGAGAUCUUCCAGAAAAACGGCUUUGAGCAAUUCUGCAUCAACUUUGUCAAUGAGAAGCUCCAGCAGAUCUUUAUCGAACUCACCCUGAAGGCUGAGCAGGAGGAGUAUGUCCAGGAGGGCAUCCGCUGGACCCCCAUCCAGUACUUCAACAACAAAAUUGUCUGCGACCUUAUUGAAAACAAAGUGAGCCCCCCAGGCAUCAUGAGUGUCCUGGACGACGUGUGCGCCACCAUGCACGCCACAGGCGGGGGCGCAGACCAGACGCUGCUGCAGAAGCUGCAGGCGGCUGUGGGCACCCACGAGCACUUCAACAGCUGGAGCGCUGGCUUCGUCAUCCACCACUACGCAGGCAAGGUCUCCUACGAUGUCAGCGGCUUUUGUGAGAGGAACCGAGACGUUCUCUUCACCGACCUCAUAGAGCUGAUGCAGACCAGUGAGCAAGCCUUCCUCCGGAUGCUGUUCCCCGAGAAGCUGGACGUGGACAAGAAGGGCCGCCCCAGCACGGCCGGCUCCAAGAUCAAGAAACAAGCCAAUGACCUGGUGGCCACACUGAAGAAGUGUACACCCCACUACAUCCGCUGCAUCAAACCCAACGAGACCAAGAGGCCCCGUGACUGGGAGGAGAGCAGGGUCAAGCACCAGGUGGAGUACCUGGGCCUGAAGGAGAACAUCCGGGUACGCCGGGCAGGCUUCGCCUACCGCCGCCAGUUCGCCAAGUUUCUGCAGAGGUACGCCAUUCUGACCCCUGAGACGUGGCCACACUGGCGCGGGGACGAGCGUCAGGGGGUCCAGCACCUGCUGCGGGCAGUCAACAUGGAUCAGGACCAGUACCAGAUGGGGAGCACCAAGGUCUUCGUCAAGAACCCCGAGUCACUCUUCCUUCUCGAGGAGAUGCGAGAGCGCAAGUUUGACGGCUUUGCCCGCACCAUCCAGAAGGCCUGGCGGCGCCACGUGGCAAUCCGGAAGUAUGAAGAGAUGCGAGAGGAAGCUUCCAAUAUCCUGCUGAACAAGAAGGAGCGGAGACGAAAUAGCAUCAAUCGGAACUUUGUCGGGGACUACCUGGGACUGGAGGAGCGGCCAGAGCUGCGUCAGUUCUUAGGCAAGAGGGAGCGCGUCGACUUCGCGGACUCAGUCACCAAGUACGACCGCCGCUUCAAGCCUAUCAAGAGGGACUUGAUCCUGACGCCCAGAUGUGUAUAUGUGAUUGGGCGGGAGAAGGUGAAGAAGGGACCUGAGAAGGGCCAGGUGCGUGAGGUCCUGAAGAAGAAGCUGGAGAUCCAGGCCCUGAGGGGAGUUUCCCUCAGCACGCGGCAGGACGACUUCUUCAUCCUCCAAGAAGACACGGCCGACAGCUUCCUGGAAAGCAUGUUCAAGACCGAGUUCGUCAGCCUCCUGUGCAAGCGCUUCGAGGAGGCAGCGCGGAGACCCCUGCCCCUCACCUUCAGCGACACACUACAGUUCCGGGUGAAAAAGGAGGGCUGGGGCGGAGGUGGCACCCGCAGCGUCACUUUCUCGCGUGGCUCCGGCGACGUGGCGGUGCUCAAGGCUAGCGGCCGGGCCCUCACUGUCAGCGUGGGUGACGGACUGCCCAAAAGCUCCAAGCCUACACGGAAAGGAGUGGCCCAAGGAAAACCUCGAAGGUCGGCUCAGGCCCCUUUCCGGGCAGCCUCCGGACCCCCCCGGGGUCUGCACCACAAUGGGGUGCCCCCCUCUGCCAGAGGGGGCCCCCUGCCCCUGGAGAUCACAUCUGGAGGGGGCUCUCAUCGGCCUCCCCAAGGACCUCCAUCUUCAGCCCUGCGGGCCAGCCGACGACCCAGGGCGCGACCCCCCUCGGAGCACAACACAGAAUUCCUCAACGUGCCUGAUCAGGGAGUGGCCGGCAUGCAGAGGAAGCGCAGCGUCGGGCAGCGGCCUGUGCCCGGUGUGGGCCGGCCCAAGCCCCAGCCUCGGGUGCAUGGCCCGCGGUGCCGGGCACUGUACCAGUAUGUGGGCCAAGAUGUGGAUGAGCUGAGCUUCAACGUGAAUGAAGUCAUUGAGAUCCUCAUGGAAGAUUCCUCGGGCUGGUGGAAAGGCCGGCUGCAUGGCCAGGAGGGCCUCUUCCCUGGAAACUAUGUGGAGAAGAUCUGAGCUGGCGGCCCAGGACACUGUCCUUCUGCCGGCCAGGGAGACAGACCCUGCUGGCAGGGGUCUCGUUUCCCUUGCUGCAUUAGCCAGCAGGUCCAGUCCUGCGGCCGCCAGCCCACCCCAGGCCCUGAUGGGUCUAAGGGUCACCAGUGCAGCCACGCCUGGGCCCUGGCCUCCCAUAUCACACCUGUUUCCUCCUGUGUCACACAGGGCUAAUAGCAGAGCCUACCUCCCAGCUGCUUUUUAUGAAAUGAGUCGUGUCCUCUCAGCACAGGGCAAAGUGGGGAGGCCUUGACAAGCGUGACCUCUCUCCUGUUCUCUUUGC